AUGCUCGCCCGACGACUUCCCCGCUCUACACACCAAGCCUCUUCUCUUCUUCGAUCCUUCACCACCUCCACCAUCUGCCGAGAUAGUGGUGCCCGUGCCCCCGGUAUGGGCGAUUUGCCUCCCGACACUGCUGAAGCCUUUAAUAAGAAACAAAAAGAGUUUCGCGAUGGCCUUGAGGCAGCCAAAAAGAGAAAGGAACUCGCCGACAGUCAGUCCUUGCCAACCAUUACUUCUUCGUCUGCCAGUGCUUCAUCCUCAAGUUCUUCUCCCUCCUUUUCUAGUUCCGAUUCUGUUUCUGAUUUCGUGCAACCUCUUGGCUUGGGCUCACUCUCCAUCGCUCCUUCUGCAGAAGAAGCAAGACAGGCCGAAACCGACACCUCGACUAAACGUGGUUCAGGUGGGAAGCUCUCCAGCUUCAUCUAUGGCACUCCCGAAGGCCAACAACUCGACAAGGAUAUGGAACGUUCUUUCUCCCAGGUCCUAGCAAGAGGCAAAUAUGUUCAUUCUAUCGUCUUUCACGAAGUCAAGCCCGACAAGGUCAACGAGUACACCGAAUUAGUUGGCCAUUGGUACCCCAAGAUGGCCAAUAUGCCCGAGAAUAAGGUCCAUCUGGUUGGUAGCUGGAGAACAGAAGUUGGCGAAUGCGAGACCUUUGUCCAUAUCUGGGAAUACCAGCGAUAUAUGGGUUACCACGCCUCCUUACACAACAUCUCUCAUCAUCCUGAAUUUCCCGCCUUCGAAGAAAAGCUCAAGACACUGAUCUACUCCAAGAAGAUUUCACUCAUGCAGGAAUUCUCCUUCUGGCCAACCACCCCUCCACGAAAACUUGGUGGCAUUUUCGAGCUGCGAUCAUAUACCCUGCACCCAGGAAAUCUAUUGGAAUGGGAAACACAUUGGCGGAAAGGACUGAAUGCACGAAGAGAAGUCAUGGAAGGCGUAGGGGCUUGGUUCGUGCAAAUUGGUGAUCUGAACACCGUUCACCAUCUUUGGCAAUUUGCAGAUCUCGAAGAACGAAAAGUCAGACGAGAGCAAUCCUGGGGUGUCGAAGGCUGGGCAGACACCGUCCACAAGACGGUUCCUCUGAUUCAAUCCAUGAAGAGCAAGAUUCUUGUACCUCUUCCAUGGAGCCCUGUUGGAUAA